UUCAAAUUGGGGGUUUCUUUUGCAAGAAGUGAAAAAGUGUAUCUUGGAAAUAUAUUUGUACCUUUUGUUGGUCGGUGAGAUAGAUAGUUGCUUAUCUUUUUGAACUAGAAGUGUAAAAGCUCCCUGUCUGUCUUAACUUGAGUGUGAACUACACAGAAGUAAACAUUCAAGUGUUUAUAGAAGACUAUGAAGCCCUUAAGCCUCUUAGUGUUAUCUUUGUACUUCUAUUCCGUUGUGGGGCAGCUUCCUUCGCAGGACAUUUUAGCAUUGUUGGAGUUUAAGAAAUGCAUCAAGCAUGACCCUACUGGUUAUGUCCUCAAUUCCUGGAAUGAGGAAUCCAUUGACUUUGAUGGAUGCCCAUCUUCGUGGAAUGGAGUUCUGUGUAAUGGUGGUAAUGUUGCUGGGGUUGUCCUUGAUAACUUGGGUCUCUCUGCUGACACUGACUUGAGUGUUUUUUCAAAUCUCACAAAACUUGUGAAACUCUCAAUGUCUAACAAUUCCAUAUCAGGAAAGCUACCUGACAACAUUGCUGAUUUCAGAAGCCUUGAAUUCCUGGAUAUCUCCAAUAACCUCUUUUCGUCAUCCUUGCCCUCUGGAAUUGGUAAAUUAGGUAGCUUACAGAAUCUGUCAUUGGCUGGAAAUAACUUCUCUGGCCCAAUUCCUGAUUCUAUUUCAGAAAUGGCUUCCAUAAAGUCUCUGGACUUGAGCCUCAACUCUUUUUCUGGAGCAUUGGCAGUGUCUUUGACUAAGAUGACUAGCCUUGUAUCUCUAAACUUGUCUCAUAAUGGCUUCACUGGAAAAAUUCCCAAAGGUUUUGAGCUAAACUCUGCUCUUGAAAAACUUGACUUGCAUGGGAAUAGGUUUGAUGGUCAUUUAGAUGCUGAGUUUAUGCUUUUAUCAAGUGUGAGCUAUGUUGAUUUCAGUGAGAACAUGCUAUCUAGUUCUGAUUCCAAGCAGUUUCUACCGCGGAUAUCUGAAACUAUUAAGCAUUUGAACCUAAGCCACAACCAGCUUACUGGAUCAUUGGCUAGUGGAGCUGUGGAACCAGUUUUUGAAAAUUUGAAGGUGUUGGACCUCAGCUACAAUCAAUUGGAUGGAGAAUUGCCUGGAUUUGAUUUUGUUUAUGAUCUCCAGGUCCUUAAGCUUAGCAACAACAGAUUUUCAGGAUUUAUUCCUAAUGGCCUACUAAAAGGAGAUUCUCUGGUUUUAACUGAACUGGAUUUGAGUGCCAACAAUCUCUCAGGGCCAAUUAGUAUAAUUACAUCAAUGACACUUCAUUCUCUUAAUCUCUCAUCAAAUGGGUUCACUGGUGAACUGCCACCUCUCACUGGAAGCUGUGCUGUACUUGAUCUUUCAAAUAACAAAUUUGAAGGAAAUUUAACCAGGAUGCUGAAAUGGGGGAAUAUAGAAUUUCUUGAUCUCAGUGGGAAUCAGUUGACAGGAGCCAUCCCUGAAGUAACUCCUCAGUUUUUGCGAUUAAAUUAUUUGAAUCUAUCCCGUAAUUCUCUUAACAGCUUCCUUCCAAAAGUCUUAACAGAGUAUCCAAAGCUUAGGGUACUUGACAUUAGUGCCAACCAAUUAGAUGGUCUACUUCUGGCUAAUCUGCUCACAAUGCCCACAUUGCAAGAGCUUCAUCUUGAAAAUAAUAUGCUCUCUGGUGGCAUCAAUUUAUCAUCUUCUCUUGGUCAAUCUGAUCUUCAGAUUCUUGAUCUUUCUCACAAUCAGCUUGAUGGCUAUUUUCCUGAUGAGUUUGGGUCAUUAACAGGCCUGAAAUUGCUGAAUAUUGCUGGAAAUAACUUCUCUGGUUCUCUUCCAACCACAAUUGCUGAUAUGAGUUCACUAGACUACCUGGAUAUAUCAGAGAAUCAUUUUACCGGCCCUCUACCAAACAACAUGCCAAAGGGGCUCCAAAACUUUAAUGCUUCACAAAAUGAUCUGUCCGGAGUUGUCCCAGAAAUUCUUCGGAAGUUCCCUAGUUCUUCUUUCUUUCCGGGGAAUACCAAGUUACAUUUUCCAAAUGGUCCUCCUGGAUCAACAACUUCACCUGCUGAAAGUUCCAAGAGGAAGUCUAUGAACACUAUUGUUAAAGUAAUAAUUAUAGUAUCCUGUGUGGUUGCACUCUUCAUAUUAAUCUUGCUGGCUGUCUUCAUACACUACAUACGCAUAUCAAGAUCUCCGCCAGAAUAUGAUACAAGUAAGGAUAUUAAUAGGCAUCCUGAACCAAUUAUUUCUGGCCCGGUUCGUGCAACAGACCGGGGUAGUGCUUUGGUUGUAUCGGCUGAGGAUCUUGUGACUGCUCGUAAAGGGUCACCAUCAGAUGCAAUCACCCCUGAUGAAAAAAUGGCAGCUGUAACUGGGUUCUCUCCAUCAAAGCAGAGCCACUUAUCAUGGUCACCAGAGUCUGGUGAUUCAUUUAGUGCUGAAAAUCUUGCAAGACUUGAUACGAGAUCACCAGAUAGGUUGAUUGGAGAGCUGCAUUUUCUUGAUGAUACAAUAACAUUGACACCUGAGCAACUCUCAAGGGCACCAGCUGAAGUUUUGGGCAGAAGUAGUCAUGGCACUUCUUACAAGGCAACUCUGGAGAAUGGUUUAUUGUUGAGAGUGAAGUGGUUGAGAGAAGGUGUGGCUAAACAGAGAAAAGAAUUUGUUAAGGAGACAAAAAAAUUUGCAAACAUAAGGCAUCCAAAUGUCGUGGGAUUGAGAGGAUAUUAUUGGGGUCCUACGCAGCACGAGAAGCUUAUUCUUUCAGAUUACAUCUCACCAGGGAGCCUUGCAAGUUUUCUUUAUGAUCGACCAGGAAGAAAAGGUCCACCAUUAACAUGGGCUCAGAGGCUCAAAAUUGCAGUUGAUGUAGCACGUGGCCUGAACUAUCUCCAUUUUGAUCGUGCCGUUCCUCAUGGAAACCUCAAAGCUACAAACGUGCUGUUAGAUACAGCAGAUAUGAAUGCACGUGUUGCUGAUUACUGCCUUCACAGACUUAUGACUCAAGCAGGUACCGUUGAACAGAUUCUUGAUGCUGGAGUCUUGGGUUACCGCGCACCAGAGUUAGCUGCUUCUAAGAAGCCUAUGCCAUCCUUCAAAUCAGAUGUUUAUGCUUUUGGAGUGAUACUUUUGGAACUUCUAACUGGAAGGUGUGCUGGUGAUGUGAUAUCAGGUGAGGAGGGGGGUGUUGAUCUGACAGAUUGGGUAAGGUUGCGUGUAGCUGAAGGUAGAGGCUCAGAAUGUUUUGAUGCUAUCUUGAUGCCAGAAAUGGGUAAUCCAGUUGUAGAAAAGGGAAUGAAGGAGGUUCUUGGUAUAGCUGUUCGAUGCAUUCGAUCUGUUUCUGAAAGGCCUGGUAUCAAGACUAUAUAUGAAGAUCUCUCUUCUAUAUAGUUUUCUAGUGCUAACUACUUCAACUUUUGACACAUUAUGGGAAUUAAUGUCUCAUUAGUAUCCCAUAUUUGUUCAGAGUUUGGCUCUUUAACAUGUUUGUAUUAACCAUUUUUUAGCUGUAAAAAUGGGGCAUAUGCCAAAAGCAUAUACAUGGAUAUUUCUUGAUGGGUCGUGACCAUCUAAUU